AAGAACAUCAGCUGACUGACUGCGUCAUAGGACUGCAUCACUUCUGCGUUACAUUCGUUUCUACAUCGCGUGGUAACAACAACAACAACAAGCAAAACUAUGGCCCCGUUUAACAUGCUUCUUUUUCUUUUACUGUUCGCCGCCUGCUGGACUGUUCUAGAAGGUAGAUUAUGUACAUUCUAUAUAAAACAUUUUCAAAACCUAAAGAAGUAUUUGUACAAAUUAUUUGUAGUGCAGCUGCCUGUAAUUGUGCAUCCCGCUAGUACAGUUGCCUGUAAUUGUGCAUCCCGCUAGUACAGUUGACUGUAAUUGUGCAUCCCGCUAGUACAGUUGACUGUAAUUGUGCAUCCCGCUAGUACAGUUACCUGUAAUUGUGCAUCCCGCUAGUACAGUUGCCUGUAAUUGUGCAUCCCGCUAGUACAGUUGCCUGUAAUUGUGCAUCCCGCUAGUACAGUUACCUGUAAUUGUGCAUCCCGCUAGUACAGUUGACUGUAAUUGUGCAUUCCGCUAGUACAGUUGCCUGUAAUUGUGCAUCCCGCUAGUACAGUUGACUGUAAUUGUGCAUCCCGCUAGUACAGUUGACUGUAAUUGUGCAUCCCGCUAGUACAGUUGACUGUAAUUGUGCAUCCCGCUAGUACAGUUGCCUGUAAUUGUGCAUCCCGCUAGUACAGUUGACUGUAAUUGUGCAUCCCGCUAGUACAGUUACCUGUAAUUGUGCAUCCCGCUAGUACAGUUGCCUGUAAUUGUGCAUCCCGCUAGUACAGUUGCCUGUAAUUGUGCAUCCCGCUAGUACAGUUACCUGUAAUUGUGCAUCCCGCUAGUACAGUUGACUGUAAUUGUGCAUCCCGCUAGUACAGUUGACUGUAAUUGUGCAUCCCGCUAAUACAGUUGACUUUAAUUGUGCAUCCCGCUAGUACAGUUGACUGAGAAUUACGUAUCUUUCAGUAGUUCUUAACCGGUGUUCCCGGAAAACUUGAUCCACAUUUUAAGUGACAGUGACAGCAGGAAGUAGUGACAACGAUGGUGAAAUCACAACCGAAAGAGUUAGUUUACGAAUAUAUAUCAAAUGCAACAUAGCCACAAUCUAACAUAUAUGCUAAUUGGCCACAUGUAAUAGAUAGGCCAGUUGGCCACGUGUAAUAGAUAGGCCCAUUGAUCACAUGUAAUAGAGGGCUAAUGGGCCACAUGUAAUAGAUAGGCUCACUGGCCACAUGUUAUAGAUAGGCUAACUGGCCACAUGUAAUAUAUAGACUAACUGGCCACAUGUAAUAGAUAGGCUCAAUGGCCACACGUAAUAGAUAGACUAACUGGCCACAUGUAAUAGAUAGACUAACUGGCCACAUGUAAUAGAUAGACUAACUGGCCACAUGUAAUAGAUAGACUAACUGGCCACAUGUAAUAGAUAGACUAACUGGCCACAUGUAAUAGAUAGGCUCACUGGCCACAUGUAAUAGAUAGGCUCACUGGCCACAUGUAAUAGAUAGACUAACUGGCCACAUGUAAUAGAUAGGCUAACUGGCCACAUGUAAUAGAUAGGCUAACUGGCCACAUGUAAUAGAUAGGCUCACUGGCCACAUGUAAUAGAUAGGCUAACUGGCCACAUGUAAUAGAUAGGCUAACUGGCCACAUGUAAUAGAUAGGCUAACUGGCCACAUGUAAUAGAUAGGCUCACUGGCCACAUGUAAUAGAUAGACUAACUGGCCACAUGUAAUAGAUAGGCUAACUGGCCACAUGUAAUAGAUAGGCUAACUGGCCACAUGUAAUAGAUAGGCUAACUGGCCACAUGUAAUAGAUAGGCUCACUGGCCACAUGUAAUAGAUAGGCUCACUGGCCACAUGUAAUAGAUAGGCUCACUGGCCACAUGUAAUAGAUAGGCUAACUGGCCACAUGUAAUAGAUAGGCUCACUGGCCACAUGUAAUAGAUAGACCAACUGGCCACAUGUAAUAGAUAGACUAACUGGCCACAUGUAAUAGAUAGGCUAACUGGCCACAUAUAAUAGAUAGGCUCAUUGGACACAUGUAAUAGAUAGGCUAAUGGGACACAUGUAAUAGAUAGGCUAAUUGGACACAUGUAAUAGAUAGGUUAAUUGGACACAUGUAAUAGAUAGGCUAAUUGGACACAUGUAAUAGAUAGGCUAAUUGGACACAUGAAAUAGAUAGGCUAACUGGUCACAUGUAAUAGAUAGGCUAAUUGGACACAUGAAAUAGAUAGGCUAAUUGGACACAUGUAAUAGAUAGGCUAAUUGGACACAUGAAAUAGAUAGGCUAACUGGCCACAUUUUAUAGAUAGGCUAAUUGGACACAUGAAAUAGAUAGGCUAACUGGCCACAUGUAAUAGAUAGGCUAAUUGACCACGUGUAAAGAAUAGAUAUGCUAAUUGGACACAUGAAAUAGAUAGGCUAAUUAGCCACAUGUAAUAGAUAGGCUAAUUCUUUGAGUGCGUGUCUUGUUUUUUUUUUUAAAAUUCCUUCUUAUCCUUUUUUUUUUUAAAAUACCUUUUUAACCCCCCCCCCCCCCCCCUCCCCAAUCCAGGCUGGUCCAGAGGUAAGACGGCGUCAUUAGGCGCCAUUUAUGAUGUGGAAGACAGGGUCGUUCAGCUGAGAAUGAAGUUGAAAAAAUUAGCGCUGAACAUCAGCGCUGUCAAAAACACGGAGCAGCGGGUCAUGGCGUUCAUUGUCAAUUUCCUCGUGCGCCGGGAGAAGGCGGCGUCGUCCAUGUUCCUGAUCUCGACCGAGAACAACAAGAGGAUGUACUACGCCAAGAGGCACCUGCACCUCUUCCACUACGAGACGGCCCAGGCCACGUGCGCACUGUUCGACGGCUACCUGGCCGAGAUCGGCGACGCGUCCGAGCUGAAGUUCAUCACGACCUUCUUGGCGGAGUCCAAAGUGCUGGACGACCGAGCCGUCUACGUGGGCGCCAAACUGGUCGGGACGGCGUGGCAGUACGGGCGAAGCGGCUCCCCCAUCGGGGCGUUUCCGUGGGCCGCCGGAUUCCCGCAAAAUAACAACAAAUUGAACUGCGCGUGCCUGCUCAACAGACAGCUGAGACAGUGCACGUGCCCGGAGACGAGUGAGACCGAGAAGGAGAACCCGGGUGGGCGGAGCUUCCUCUGUGAAGUUCAUAUCGAUCCUUGAGGUGAAGGGCAGCAUUCGAACCACGCUGCCCCAACAACACAACAACACAACACACAUUUCAAAUACAACACGCUGCACAAUACACAUUUCGAAUACAACACGCUGCACAAUACACAUUUCUAAUACAACACGCUACACAAUACACAUUUCGAAUACAACACGCUACAAAAUGCACAUUUCGAAUACAACACGCUG